AUGAUUCUUCAUUUUGUUUCUCUUUUGACACAUAAUUUUCUCUCAUUUUACUUUCUUUCACAAUUAAUUGCAUUUUUCACCUCUCUUUGCUCUGUUUUCUUCUGUCUUUCCUAUCUAUCUAUCUAUCUAUCUAUCUAUCUAUCUAUCUAUCUAUCUAUCUGUGUGAAUCUCUUUGUUAAUUUAUCUCAUUCUGUUCAUAUCUAUCUCAUUCUAUUCAUAUCUAUCUAUCUAUCUAUCUAUCUAUCUAUCUAUCUAUCUAUCUAUCUCAUUCUGUUCAUAUCUAUCUAUCUCAUUCUGUUCAUAUCUAUCUAUCUCAUUCUGUUUAUAUCUAUCUAUCUAUCUAUCUCAUUCUGUUCAUAUCUAUCUAUCUCAUUCUGUUCAUAUCUAUCUAUCUAUCUCAUUCUGUUCAUAUCUAUCUAUCUAUCUCAUUCUGUUUCUAUCUAUCUAUCUAUCUAUCUAUCUAUCUAUCUAUCUAUCUAUCUAUCUAUCUAUCUCAUUCUGUUCAUAUCUAUUUAUCUAUCUAUCCAUUUUUAA